AGUUAAGUUUUUCACUGCUAAGUGGCGCUGCCGCCGAAGUCGGUCGAUUUUGCCGUCUGUUUGCCCUUCCCGCAUCGAAAGACGUGCGAAAAUACAGUAUGCAGUCAAACUUGUGGAUGAGGUUAAUUCCAGCUCUAAGGGCUUCUACCUUGCAAAGGUCAGCGUGUACGGGCAUCGCGGUACCCGGUGUCCAGACGUCACACCACCGGAACUACUCUAGCAGUACAGAGGAACAAGAUUUGGUUGUCAUCGGUGGUGGUCCUGGUGGUUAUGUGGCCGCAAUUAAAGCUGCACAGUUAGGAUUAAAGACUACGUGUAUAGAAAAGGAUGACACCUUGGGUGGAACCUGCCUCAAUGUGGGCUGCAUUCCCUCCAAAGCAUUGCUGCACAACUCACACCUCUACCAUAUGGCACAUUCGAGCGACUUCAAGAACCGAGGAAUUGAAGUUGACAAUGUCCGUCUAAACCUUGAAAAACUUAUGGAACAAAAGAGUUCAGCUGUAAAAGCCCUCACUGGUGGAAUAGCACAUCUUUUCAAGCAGAAUAAGGUCACACACAUCCAGGCUCACGGCAAGAUUACUGGCAAAAAUGAAGUCACCGCACUUAAGCGUGAUGGCUCGUCUCAAGUUGUAAAGACCAAAAAUAUCCUGAUUGCUACAGGAUCAGAAGUGACACCUUUUGCAGGGAUUACAGUGGAUGAAGACACCAUUGUGAGCUCGACGGGUGCCCUGAGUCUCAAGAAAGUGCCAGAGAAGCUGAUUGUAAUCGGCGCUGGUGUAAUUGGACUUGAACUGGGUUCCGUCUGGUCUCGGCUUGGGGCUCAAGUAACAGCUGUGGAGUUCCUGGGCCACAUCGGGGGCAUGGGCAUCGACAUGGAGAUCUCCAAGGGCUUCCAGCGCAUCCUUACAAAGCAGGGUUUAAAGUUCAAGCUGGCUACAAAAGUGAUGGGCGCCACUCGCUCAGGUGGCACUAUCAAAGUCAGCGUGGAAGACGUCAAAGACCCCUCCAAGAAGGAAGAUAUGGAAUGUGAUGUCCUUCUGGUGUGUGUUGGUCGACGACCUUACACUGAUAACCUUGGCCUAGAGGAGAUGGGCAUACAGAAGGACCAACGUGGCCGUAUCACUGUCAAUUCUCGUUUCCAGACAAACAUUUAUGCAAUUGGUGAUUGUGUCCCUGGUCCAAUGCUGGCGCACAAAGCAGAGGAUGAAGGCAUUGUCUGCGUUGAGGGUAUCAUGGGAGGUCCAGUGCACAUUGACUACAAUUGUGUGCCGUCAGUUAUCUACACGCAUCCAGAAGUUGGUUUCAUUGGAAAGACUGAGGAAGAUCUGAAGUCCCAAGGUGUUGACUACAAGGUGGGAAAGUUCCCUCUGGCUGCAAACAGCCGUGCCAAAACCAACAAUGAAACAGACGGUUUUGUGAAAAUCCUGGCCGACAAGCAGACGGACAGGAUACUGGGUUGCCACAUGAUUGGAUGGUGUGCUGGGGAGAUCAUCAACGAAGCUGCCUUGGCAAUGGAGUAUGGAGCAUCUGCUGAGGAUGUUGCUAGGGUUUGCCACGCACAUCCCACUGUUUCUGAAGCAUUUCGGGAAGCAAACCUGGCUGCUUACUGUGGCAAGCCCAUCAACUUUUGAUGUGACCAUGAAGCACAUGAAGGCAGCAUCGCAUACAUUACUGGGUUACCAGUACUGUCUGCUGCAACAAGGGAGGAGCACCAUGUGCAACAAACUAUAGAGGAGCUCGCGUGCAUUGUAUAGAGUCAUGUUCUUAAUGAAAGCAUUGCAAAGUGUUUGAAAGUGUAAUAAACCACUUGUAACAUCUGC